AAAAUGACUAGCGUUAAAGUAGCUGUACGUGUUAGACCUUUUAAUCAAAGAGAGAUUGAUAAGGCCUCAGACUGAUGCAUUCAAAUGGAUGGAGAUACGACAUCCAUCACGGAUCCCAAUACUGGAGUCAAGAAGAAGUUCACCUUCGAUUAUAGUUACUGGAGUCAUGAUGGGUUUGUGACUGAUCCUGAGACGAAAAUGUUUGUGAAAGACCAACCUAAUUCGAAAUAUGCUUCUCAAGUCUUGGUCUUUAAUGAUCUUGGAAUUGAGGUCCUUGACAAUGCCUUCGAUGGAUUCCAUACAUGUCUCUUCGCUUAUGGACAGACAGGUAGUGGAAAGAGCUACUCAAUCUUUGGUUAUGAUGCCAAUAUUGGAAUAAUUCCAAUGAGUUGUAUCGAAAUUUUCAAAAGAAUCGAAGCCAAAGAAGCGAAAGCAAGAGAGGAUGGAAUAGAAGAAUCACCUCCAUCAGCUAAUGGGAAGCCUAAGCAUAGCUUCUUUGCUAACAGUGUUGGAUACGACAUUACAGUUUCAAUGCUUGAAAUUUAUAACGAAUCAGUUCAAGACUUGUUUGUGAAACCUAACAAAAGACCGAAAGGAGGUCUACAAAUCAGAGAAUCUAAAAAGGAUGGAGUUUAUGUUGAACAACUAACUACUAUUCCUGUAUUUUCUUAUCAAGAAAUUGCAGAUCAGAUCGAACGAGGGACUUCAUUGAGAACUAUUGGAGCAACCAACAUGAACAACACCUCGUCUAGAGCUCAUACGGUGACGACAAUCUCAUUUAAACAAACAUUUUAUACUGGAGAUAAACCAACAAAUCAGAAAAAUUCGAAUAUUAACUUGGUCGAUCUCGCAGGUAGUGAAAGAGCAAGGACUACAGGAGCUAGUGCUGAACGCCUAAAGGAGGGAUCCAAUAUCAACAAAUCCCUAUCUUUCCUGGGUAAGGUUAUCAGUAUUCUUGCAGCAAAGGCACAAGGGAAGAAGGAGGCUAAGAAGUUGGUUGUCCCUUACAGAGAAUCUAAGUUGACAAGAAUACUUCAGAAUGCUUUGGGAGGUAACUCUAAAACAUCAAUGAUUGCUGCUCUAUCUCCAGCUGCUAUCAACUAUGAGGAAACUCUGAGUACCUUGGUUUAUUCAAACCAAGUAAAGAGUAUCAAGAACAAGGCUAAAAUUAAUGAAAAUCCUCAAGAUAAACUGAUCAGAGAAUUGAAAGAAGAAAACGAACGAUUGAAGAAAAUGUACGAAAAUCGUGAUGCCAUUAAUGAAGAAAUUGAGGAAGAUAGGAAGCAAGAAGAUGAAGACAAAGGCAAGGUCCACCUCAUGAACAUUAAUGAAGAUCCCUUCCUUACUGGACAAAUCAAGCAUCCAAUCAAGAACGGAGAUAACCUCAUUGGAAAGCCUGGAAAAAUUCCUCCUCCUGAUAUCCCAAUCAGUGGUAUUGGAAUCGUUCCUGAGCACAGUCAGAUGAAAUUCGACGAGGAGAACCAAGUCUUGAUGCUUCACCCUAACCCUAAAGAUCCUGCGAAGAACAAGACAUAUCUGAACGGUAGCUUAGUCUCUGGUCCUCUUGAAUUAGCUCACGGCGACCGUAUCCUGUUCGGAAACAACAACUUGUACAUAGUAAUUUUUCCUGGGCAAGAAAUUGAUGAAUCCCUUCUUGAUUAUGAAGAGUCCAUGAAGGAAAUCCUCCAAGACCAGCUCGCUCAGUACAAAGAUGAGAAGUACCAAAAAGAAAUGGAAGAGAAACUAAAGAGACUAAAAGAAGAAAUGGAUAAGGAAAAGAGUGACCUUGAAGGCAAAUUUAAGGACGAACAAGACAAGAUUGAACAAGACAGACUCAAGCUUGAAGAAGAAAUGAAACAAGAAGAUUAUGGGAAUGAUGAAAAGAGAGAGAAAGAACUCCAAGAGAGACUCAAACAACAGAAUGAAGAGAACAUGAAAAAUAAGUUCAUGGAAGAUAAAGCUAAAGCCCUCAGAGACCUCGAGCAAGCCAAUCUCAAAAGAGAGCAAGAAAAACUUCAUCUCCUGACUCUGGAAGGGCUCCAAGACCAGCUAGCUAAAAUGAUUAUUAUGUGUAACGAAGCAAAUGAAGUAGCAGCUAGCCUUGGAAGAGAAAAAUAUCAUUAUGAGCCAUUUAUUGACACAGUCGUCUUACCUGAUGGAAGUACAAAGCCAAGAGUGUUCUGUAAAGCCUUCCCAGAUAAAGACAAAGACUUCCACAACAUCCUCUCGUUUGAUGAAAUGGAAGAUAAAAUGUAUAGAAUCAGAGAUAAAUGGGAAGAAUAUCAAUACGAUAUCGAUCAUGAUGGCCCUAACUCAAAAGCACUCGAAAUCGAUGAAUAUGAAGGGGAGAUUUGGGGCCUCCUUAUCACAGACGACUGGCAUCUGAUCGGGAAUGUAUUCAUAUACAUGGACUCUCUUGCUCUAUUCAUGGGCACGCCCUCUGAUGAAUCACCAAUCUUUGACACUAAAUCUCAGGAGCAAGGAAAAUUAGCAUAUUCCAUAGACCUAAAAGUCUAUGAUAGCAAAACUGGUAAAGAAAAAGAUACUUUUUUGCUAGAUUCUUUGAAAGAAAACUUUGGUGACGAUAUGGAAGUUGGACUAAGUAUUCACCAAGCCAAGAACCUCCCUGAGAAAUACUGUAACCAAGUAUUUGCUGAGUACCAGUGGAUAGAUGAUAGUGCUAACACAUUCUCCACUGAAAAAGUGAGACCUAAGAACAAAGAUACGAAUCCAACCUUCAACUACAAGCACAUUCAUAAUCUGAAGAUUGAUAAUUACAUUGUUGAAAAUUUGGCAGACCUGAAAUGCAUAAUUUAUGUAUAUGGAAAGCUGACCGAUGCCAAUAUGGAGGGACUUUAUAAAGACUUCUCAAUGAGACCUGAAACAGCCACCCUACUUCCCAACACUGGCUUUAAGAGCGACUCCUUCUACGAUGCAGUCUUGAAUAGAGAUAAAUAAACAAGACUAUCUCAAUAUAGAGGAUGAAGACGAAAAGAUCAUGGAAGAGGAAGAAGAAAGAGCCAAGAAAGAAGAAGAGGAUAGAAUAAAGGCUGAGAUCCAGAGAGAGCUUGAAAUGUACCAAGAAAAGAAUAAAAAGCUCAAAGAUGAGAUCAAACUUAUAGGGAAGGACAAAGGUAAAUCUGGAUGAUGCACUAUUUUCUAA